AUGAGAGAAAGCGAGGUAGAGGCUGAGGAAGAGGAUGAGGAGGACGAGAAUGACGAAGGAAGUUCAAGGCGGCGGAGGAAAAAGAAAGGCGGAUUUGGCAAAAAGCUGAAGAAAGGCGUAAAGAAAGCAGCGAAAAAAGUCAAGAAGACGGCGAAAAAGGCCGCCAAGGCAGUCAACAAGGCGGUCAAGGUGAUCGAAGAAUUCGUGACAGAACUUUUUGGCUGCAUUGGAGAUGUCUUUGAGAUGCUAACCUUCGGGUAUGAGAUCUCGGUCGUCGAAGGUCUCGUGGCAUUUUCGGCUGGGCUAUCCGCGGGCGACAUGGUGGGCAUGAGCCGGCUGGGGUUGCUCGAGGGCAAGGAACCUACAACCUGGAUGUCGUUGGACGUGGGCUUUGCAGUGGGGGUCACCGCAAAGGCCGCUUGGGCCGGAGUUGGAGCUGGCGUUGGCCUCAGCUGCAGCGUGAGCAGUUGCGCGGCAUACCUCUCUGUUGGGACGAUGACUACGGUGAACAUCCCAACAAUCAAUGCAGUUUGCGUCUUUGGUGCGCCGACAACACCUUCAGGCUGGAUGUGCUCUCAGGUCUUCGGCGCCAGCAUCUCUGCCUUUUGCUGCAACUUCAAUGUGGCGGAAGGGAAGCACGAUUGCCGCUGA